UUCAAAAACUACUCAAAACCGUACAAAAUGCCGCACUGCGAGAUAAAUUUUGAUAGCAGCUAUAGAACGAUGUCAGAGAGAUCGCCAGUAUGAUUAAUUAGGCUGCGCGACGUGAUUCUUUAAACCGGAGCGCCAGACGGCUAACUCCAUGUCCAAACUACGGAAACCGAAUCACCGGCCACAACCCCCGCUACCAGAAGCUCGCUCGCUCAAAGACCAUUUAUUUCCACGUCGCUCACGAACGCCUUUUCCGCCUCCCAUCGAACAAUAAGUACAGGAGAGUUGCGCCUGCACAUGCACCGGGGCAAGAAAUGCAAUAUGCCCAGGAUGCAGUGUUCGCCCGGCGGAAGCCAUUGGUCAGAGUGCAGGGAUUGGAACACGGCCGCCGCCUGUACCUCCUCCUCCGUACCAGCUCAGUCACUGGACUAAGUUGAACCACGUUAGACCGGCUAUUGUGGAACAAAAUAUACCAGUACAAGCGAAUGUACCAGUGGAAAACGCGGGUUAGCGCCGGCCUCCUCGCUUCGCCAUGAAAAUUGCCAAGAAGCUCCUGCCUCUCAAAGCCCAUUAUUUCUUCUUCUUGGGAUGCAUGUCCCCCGUCCUUCCCUUCCUGAUGGUGGUGGCGCUGCAGCUGGGCGUCCCCGUGUCGGUGCAGGGGACCAUCUACGCCACGUCCCUCCUCCUGACGGUGCUGGGGAAGCCCCUCAUCGCCGCCCUGGCCGACUGCUUCCCCAACUUCAGGAAGGCCAUCUUCUUGGUCGUCAUCACCAUCAUGGUGGUCUCCUACAGCUGCGUCAGGUUCAUCCCCCCCAUGAGAGAUCCGCCGGUUUUGAGAGGGAGGUUCGUCCUCGCUCCCGCCGGGCAGGUUGGGAAUCCUUCAGCGUCUCCUCCUCCUCCUCCUCCUUCUGUGUCUCCUUCGUCGCUGGUACUGACGUCGGGAGGCGAGGUCGAGUCGGGUCAGGAGGUCGUCGGGGAAGCAAAGCCAAUGCUUGUGACUCAGGACGAUGGGGGUUGUUUCAUCGCCAUGUCCUGGGACUGCAUAGCCACAUGCAACCAGCCCUGGGCAUGUCUCAACAGCAACAUGACCUCUGGCGCUGACCUGAAGGCGACCCACGUCCCCACUGACCUCGGCGACGUAGCAGAGGGCGGGGGCGAGGCGGAGGGAGGGUCAUCUGAAGGGAGUUGGAUGGUGACGGCGCCCAACGCUCGCUUUUACAGACUCGAGGGAUCCGAUGUCCCACCGAUGGACCUUGUGGAUGUGAAUAUUACACUGGAGUGCGCGGGCGGGGAGUGGAAGGGAGAAUCCUGCAUAUCCGCGUGGAGUUAUGGAGAGUUCUGGUUGUAUUUCCUCCUCUUGAUCAUCGGUCAGCUGUGCUUCAACACGGCCAACUCCAUCACGGACGCCAUUGCUGUUGAUUCAGUGGGCGAAGGAGGGGCUUUCGGCGUGCAACGAGCGUGGGGAACCGUCGGAUGGGGGUUAAUGGGCCCCAUUAGCGGCUACCUCAUCGACUGGUGGUCCGGGUCCUCAGUCACGAAGGACUACACCCCAGCCUUCCUGCUCGUCUUUUUACUUGGCUCUGUUGAUAUCCUGUUGUCGGCUGCGACGCUUAAGGUCCCAGAAAUGAAGUCAGACAACGCCAUGUUAAAGAACCUGCGACCUCUCCUAAGUGAUGUUCGUUUCUUCACCUUCUGUUGCUUCGUUAUCAUGAACGGCUGUUUCGAUGGCGUCGUGGCUAAUUUCAUAUUCAUCAUGCAAGAGGACAUGAGUCGGGGAACUUCAGCCAUGAGUUACAUGAAGUUUUUGCAAGGAUUCACGCUCUUCGUCCAAUGCGCUAUAGAGGCGCCUUUCAUGUUCGUCUAUAGUUGGUUCCUGAGAAAAAUGGGCGCGCAGCAGGUAACGUCCCUCGUGUUCUUCCUGUACAUCUUCCGCCUCCUUGGUCUCUCGGUCGUGGGCGCCUACGGUCCUGCGUGGGCGACGCUGCUGGUGGAAUUCCUCAACGGUCCCUGCUAUGGCCUCGGGUACACCGCCAUCGUCGUCUAUGCCGCUAAGAUCUCUCCGGGAACGUCCAAUACGGUGCAGAGCGUCGUGAACAUUUGCUAUGAGAGUUUCGGCUACGCGACGGCGAGUUUGGUGGGCGGCGUCUUAUACCAGCAGUUCGGGGGUCCCAGAAUGUACCUCAUCUUCGGAAGUGUCUCAAUACUGGUUUUCUUGCUGCACGUCCUGUCGCUCCGGUUCCUGCCGCCCCCUGAGGCCCUAACGAACGGGGAGGUGACACGGGCGCGGAGAGGAGACGCCCACGACGCAGAAGAGAAGGCCGCCCUCAGCCUCGAGUCCCCGAUGGAGAGUAACCACCGGGGAAGCGUCGACACCCAGCACCAGGAGGAGGCGGUGAAGGAGGAGGAGGAGGAGGAGGAGGAGCGGGGAGGCGGGAGAGAAGAUGGAGAGGCGGUGGAGAUGAUAUAA